AUGUUCAUUACUGCAUUCGCCGGAGUCUGCUGUUUUAGGUUGUGGGGGAACAAUUCGAUGACACAGCAAAGGCGGACCUGCUUCCAAGGGGAGGUACAAGAUUUGGUUUGGCCGCUAGCAGAAAAUAUCUUAGAGACAAGGGAGGCAGACGCAGCAGCAAAACAGUGGGAUGGGUUGCCCACAGCACCACAACACAUGGCAUCGGCUACAAAGGACGGAGACAGGGAGAAGCGGAGGCAUCUAGAAAAACAGCUGCUACUGGAAGAUUCAAAUACCAAUAAUCUUGGAGAUGUACUUAGAGGACAAACGCCUCUUUUGAGGCGGGAGAUGUUUAGGAGACGCCUGUUUCCCAUUCGAUUUGAGGAAUCAGCGAAAAACGUUGAAGAAGUACAACAACUGUUAAAGCAGAGGCAGCCUGUUAGCCAGCUUCUCAUUUCUUUACUCUAUCUUGCAGCGCUGCUACUCUUUCUUUCGUAUGCUUUGGAAAUUACGAAAAUAUUUGAAGCAGCAGACGGCAUCACGUCACCGCUGAAGUCCGCGUUGGCACCCACGCUUUCCAGUUUCAACUCUAUUAGCUAUGAGGUGGCAAAGGCUCAGCAAACGCCUUUAGCUCCAACAUUAGUAUCAGUCACUCCAGACUCUGGAUAUCCAGCGGAUAUACUUACGCUGAAGAGUAAAGGUGGCGUGGCUUCUUGGAUUGUCUAUGGCUUUAUUCCGAUUCUUUACGGGCCUUCGGCACAUACAAGCAACUUGGGCUCUGCAAGAAUUGUUGGCCACUGUUUUAGAUUCACCUUUCGCCAGGUCGAACUGGAAGAUAUUGACGGAUUCGAACUUGGGUAUGAAGGGAUUUGGCCCAUCGCGGCGACUGGCGCAACUUCGAAGAUUGCAGCAGCAAAGCUGCGGUCCGAAAACCCCCUCAUCAGUCCACCAGGUUCCAGGUUCACGUACUCAUACCCUUUCGCUGCCUCUGGUGACGCCAAGGCCUUUAACCAAAGGGGGGGAUACUAUCAAGUUAUUUGCGAAGAUUCAAUGCAAGCAGCUCAAAAUGCACUACAGCAGAACCAGGCCCCGUCUCGUUACCCUCCUUGGUUUGUCCCAUUGCCUGUAAUUGCCGACCGUCGAACGAUCUCCGCCGUCGUUGACUUUUUCGCCAUCAACCCGGUCACACAGACGUUCUCGCACUGCGCUAUCCUCUUUGCUUUCACCAGCUCAGGUACAAUUCAGAGACCCUUGGUGUGGGUCUCGUCCCUGAUAUCCUUCUCGGCACAGUCUGACGGUCUGGUGCGGUACACCUCACUUGGUUUGACGCUGGCGUUAAUGCUUCUGUACUUGCUGUGCGAGUACGCGGAAAUGAAAAAGCUGGGGUUUAAGUCUUGGCUUAAAGGUGGCUGGACAAUGUUUCUCUUAUGUCAUAUUUCGAUGCUUCUUAGUUUCCUCGCAUCGUUUGCCACUGCACAAAUUAUUGCGCUUCUUGCCCCCCAAGUCAAGGUAACGCUAGGAGAUAAUGGAUAUUACAACGUUUCGGACGCACCCAGCGCAACCAACGAGAAGGAGUUCUUCCAGCUUAUCAGCGACUACGGCAAUUUGUUUCGUGCCAAUGCUGCAGCACAGCAGGCUUGCAUUGUAUUUGGUUCUCUUACCGCAGUAACAGGGUCCAUAUUGAUAACAAGGCUGCUUCCUGCCAUUGCAGGGAUAGAAACGAAGGCCAUCCAAAUGACUUUCCGCAAAGUUAAGUUCUACAUACUCGCUUGCAGCGUAGGAAUGCUGGCAAUAGUACUCAUCUUCGUUACAUUUGGGAGCGUAUCAUUCGGUGCCUCCUCUGACAGCUUCUCUGGCUACUACGAAAGGCAUGUUCUCGCCACCUUAACAACAUCGGCGGCCUUUCUGUUGGGUGGAAUUCUUGGGAACUACGAUGUCUACACCAUGGCCUCUGUCGAUCCCGUCCUUGCGGGAAUCUUCUUUGUGCCUCUUUUUCUUCUCUUCUCGGUUUUCGGAUUCACCUUCCUUGUCGCAGUAGUGCUGAGAAAGUAUGAUUUCUGUGCCCAGUCCAUAGAGCAAAACCUUAUCAAGUACAAGCUCCGCGAGCAGGCAGUGUGCACAUGCCGUACGAAGGAAAGGCUGGAGAUGCUUGCUGCAGAAGAGUUUGAAGAUGAUGUGAGGGAAGCAGGGGAACUAAAGGACCGGGAAAACAAGAAACAGGCCCUGCGAAAGCGUAAGAAAAGUGGAGGCGAGUAUUACAGGUGUGACGGAGAGGAGGAUUCCCCUUCGAUUCCCGAUGAGUACGAAGAUGCCCCUCCUCAAUACCCCCCAUGGGUUUGGCAAGCAAUUGGGAUGGAAGAUCCCCUUAGCCUAUAUGCAGCGCAACCUACGCUGGAACGAGGGUUCUAUGUGGACCCAGCAAGUAUGGCUGAAUACACAAGAACUUACGGCUUCUUCAAAGAAUUCGACGCGACAGACUUCGCAAGCAAAGAGGAAAGCUACUUCACGCCUAAUCUUGGGGCGAAUACAACACCGAAAGCUCCAGCACCCUCUGUUGCCAAGCUCUCAGUGGAUGCAACAGCAGAAAUGAGAGAAAUGGCCGGCCGAGCUGCCUCUAGCACGGCAUUCCCUGUAGCUCCUGUCACAUUUACUUGUGCGGAUCCCUCCCUAGGUGCGGCAUACACAGGGCCGUCGACAACCGUGUCACAGCAGUCUAACGAACCUCAUGGUCAAGCAUAUCAGCAGCUCGUACUAUAUAACUGGAACAGCAGUUUAACUACACGCUCUGUUCGUGUGCUUUUAGCUCUCCGCCAGGAAACGUCGUUUCCUAUCAAGCUAGGCUUUUCCUGUGAAUCACUUCAGUGCGAAUAUCAGCCGGUGUUUGAAGCCGCUACAUUCAAAGGAUUUUUGAAGAAACUUGCUGAUGGAAAUGUCUUGAGAGAUACUGUCGAGGAGCUGACACUUCACAUUGUGCUGGUAAAUCGAAAUCACAUCAACAUGCUGUUGGAAGCGUACAUCAAGUUCUACAGAAAUCGAGGGGGCAGUAUUUCGCCGAAUCUUUACGUGGAAGCUUUUAGCCUGCAGCCGUACUCCACGUGGGAUCUAACAACCGUUACCGUUAUUGCUCUGCAAGUAGCUAGCGUUGCGCUGUUCUUGUUCUUCGGCGGUUCAUUCAUUGUGGAGCUUCACCGGUUCAGGAGGAGCUUGAAGCAGGAGCGUGAGGACUACAGUUUUGGUUUGUGCUUGGGGAUUUUUUUCUUCGAUGAUCUCUUCAAUCUGUUUGACUUAAUUGGAUUCGGAGUGUUGGCAGGUUCAAUCGUGGUGUGGAUACUUCACGUGCUUGCCUCAACGCACUCCCAAGUGUUUAAUUUAGCAGAUGACCUUGCCAAAGCAUCAGCAGCUGCUGCGGCCGGUGGCACGCAGGAAGCAGAUGCAACUGCCGCUGCUGGGGCGCUCUUUGAAGCCGUCAGCUCAACAGCCGCCUCCCUGCGCGCCUACGCCCAGUUAGCCGCCGCUAUCUUGGCCGUUGCAUUUCUUCGGUUUCUGCGUAUUGGACGCAAGCGCAAGCGCUUAACCCUCAUGUUCUUCGCGCUAAAUUCUGCAUUGGAGGAGAUAAUCCAGGUCUUGAUGGGGGCAAUGCUGGUGUUCAUUGGGUUCUCCUAUUUAUGCUUUCUGUCCUUUGGGCGCCACUUGGAGAGUUACUCAACGCUCAAGAGUUCCUUUAUUUCCACGAUCUUGCUAACAACAGGUUUCUUCCCCUCGUCUCAACUCUUCCACGCGGACGCCGUUAUGGCGGGAGUUUUUCUCUACCCUUAUCUCUUUUUUAUAGGGACAAUAUGCUUUAGCUUUUUCUUGUGCGUGUUACUGCGAUCGCUGGCUUUCCGCUCAGCUGAAAUCAAAGCAAUGGAGCGGCUUGGAAAGAUUGAGCAGCGAUCCCUGCUAGAAUCACUUAAGCUUUUCUUUCAAGAGCUCUCUUGCAGUUUCCAACCUUCGCAUGAGGAACUAGAGGCUCAGCAGAAGGCACUGGAGCUGGAGCAUCUGCAACUGCAGGAGGGUGAUUCAACAGCUUUUGGAAAGAGAACAGCCAGCGACCAGCACGCUGAUUUUGAACUGUUAAGGGUGAUAGAGCAAAGCGAACGGAAACGAAGGGAGAGCCCAUUGAAAGUGGUAGAACUACCGCCAGAUGUGGUAACAAGCGCGCUGUCUGACGAACAGUAUGCAGCACUGCCUGACGAAGUUCACUUCUUUGCGAAUCAGGAAGUCGCCGCCUUCGUGGACCGCUUUCGGCUUUUGGUGAUGCAGUUCCGACUUGGCAACGGGGACGUAGUAUCUCUGCUACAACAGCUCGAAAAUGACGCGUACAAAGAGCUAUCAACGCUUUCUCGUGAAGUGGCUCAACAGGAGGGCCACCUACAGCAUGAAUUGUCAGUGUACAGUUCUCGGGUAGUCAACGGCCAGCAGCGGCUCACAGGCUAUAUUAAGUUCCUCGAACAGGCGCUGCAAGACAGAGAGGAAGAACUUCGGCUGCAACUCCAAGAGCUGAAGCUUAUCGAGACCAAAUUCGACACUGAGAAAUACGCUGCCGAAAGGUACACAGACAAGCGAGUAACUGGCGGAUUUGGCGCAUUUCAUUACAACGCAACUACUGUGCCAAAGACACCGUAG